AACUUGUUCCCAACUUAUUUCACUGUAAAAAAUACUUCUAUAUUCAUAUUCACGACUUGUCUCAAACAAGAGAAAGAAACAAGUAUCCUAUUUUUUAUAGAUAUUCACGAUAUGUUCCCUAUGGUAACUGAGUUCAUGAAUUAUGGCCAACAAACAGUACGAGCCGCAAGGUAUAUUGGUCAAGGUUUCAUGAUUACCUUAUCACACGCGAAUCGUUUACCUGUAACUAUUCAAUACCCCUACGAAAAAUUGAUCACAUCCGAGCGUUUCCGCGGACGAAUCCACUUUGAAUUUGAUAAAUGCAUUGCUUGUGAAGUAUGUGUUCGUGUAUGUCCUAUAGAUUUUCCCGUUGUUGAUUGGAAAUUGGAAACUGAUAUUAGAAAGAAACGAUUGCUUAAUUACAGUAUUGAUUUCGGAAUAUGUAUAUUUUGUGGUAAUUGCGUUGAGUAUUGUCCAACAAAUUGUUUAUCAAUGACUGAAGAAUAUGAACUUUCUACUUAUGAUCGUCACGAAUUGAAUUAUAAUCAAAUUGCUUUGGGUCGUUUACCAAUGUCAGUAAUUGAUGAUUACACAAUUCGAACAAUUUUCAAUUUGCCUGAAAUAAAAACUUAAGAACUCAUUUUGAUCUAAAAGAAUGAAGGUUUUUAUUUGGUGAAUAAUUACAAUUAUAUUGAUUAGGGGGCGAGAAUCCUGUUUUAAUUUAUAUUAAAAAUCUAUUUCUAUAGUCUAUAUUGAGGAUUUGCAAAUAUAUAGAUUCAAAUUACUCUUUCGAGAGAUUAAGCCAAUAACUAUAUCUCCAUCAAUCCAUAUCCAUGAAAAUGGAAUUUUUUUAUAAGAACUAUUAUAAAAAAGUAGAGUUACUUCUUUUUUCCUGACCGGGUCAAUAAAGUUAUGAAAGAUUUUGAUUUAUUUAUCUCUGAUUUUAUAUAUAAUGGAUUUACCUGGACUAAUACAUGAUUUUCUUUUAGUCUUUCUGGGAUUGGGUCUUAUAUUAGGGGGUCUGGGAGUUUGAUAGAAUAUAGAAUA